UUUCAUAUACCCAUCUCAACUAUAGUAUAUUAGCUGUAGAUCCAAAGAGAAGGAAUAUGCCCAACUUAGAUUCUCUCCCUUCCACUUAAAUACCCACCAGCUCUCCUCUCCCACUCUCCCUCCAUAACACCAUCAACUUCUUCUCUUUCGGUGCUUGCUACCAUUCAUCACCUGGAUUUUAGUAGCAGUCGGAGGAGUUGGUGUGAAUGGCAGGGGAUCAAUUACAAGUGUUGAAUGCCCUUGAUGUUGCUAAAACACAAUGGUAUCAUUUCACAGCCAUUGUGAUUGCUGGGAUGGGGUUUUUCACGGACGCCUAUGAUCUCUUCUGCAUUUCUCUAGUCACCAAAUUGCUGGGCCGGAUUUACUACCACGUCGACGGUGCGCCCAAGCCAGGGACGCUGCCGCCCAACGUCUCCGCCGCCGUCAACGGCGUCGCGUUAUGCGGCACCCUCGCCGGGCAGCUGUUUUUCGGGUGGCUAGGGGACAAGAUGGGGAGGAAGAAGGUGUACGGGAUGACCCUUAUGAUCAUGGUCAUUUGCUCCGUCGCGUCCGGGCUAUCCUGCGGCCGUACCCCAAAGAGCGUCAUGGCUACUCUCUGCUUCUUCCGCUUCUGGCUCGGCUUUGGCAUCGGCGGCGACUACCCGCUCUCCGCCACCAUCAUGUCGGAGUACGCAAACAAGAAGACUCGCGGCGCGUUCAUCGCCGCCGUUUUCGCAAUGCAAGGUUUCGGGAUUUUGGCUGGCGGGUUGGUCGCAAUCAUCACCGCCGCCGCCUUCAAGUCCGCGUUUCCGGCACCGACCUACCACGAUAACCCCUCUUUAUCAACUGCACCGCAGGCUGAUUUCCUGUGGCGUAUAGUCCUCAUGUUCGGCGCUUUGCCGGCGGCGCUGACGUAUUACUCGCGCAUGAAGAUGCCGGAAACCGCCCGCUACACCGCCCUGGUCGCCAAGAACGCCAAACGGGCGGCUUCCGAUAUGUCUAAAGUGUUGCAAGUGGAAAUCGAAGCUGAACAGGAGAAAAUCGAGAAGCUAGCGAAAGACCCGGGGAACGAAUUUGGUCUUUUUUCAAAGGAAUUUCUUCGCCGCCAUGGACUUCACUUGCUGGGAACAACAAGCACUUGGUUCUUGCUAGACAUUGCUUUCUACAGCCAAAAUCUUUUUCAAAAAGACAUUUUCAGCGCGAUUGGAUGGAUCCCUCCGGCCCCAACCAUGAACGCUAUUGAAGAGGUUUACAGAAUUUCCAGGGCGCAAACUUUAAUCGCCCUUUGUAGCACGGUGCCAGGGUACUGGUUCACGGUGGCUCUGAUCGACAAAAUGGGGCGAUUCGCCAUUCAAUUAAUUGGUUUCUUCUUCAUGACCGUUUUCAUGUUCCUCAUAGCCAUUCCCUACAAUCACUGGACUCAAAAGGAGAACAGAAUCGGCUUUGUUUCCAUGUACUCCCUAACUUUCUUCUUCGCCAAUUUCGGCCCAAACGCCACAACUUUCAUCGUCCCUGCAGAGAUCUUCCCCGCCCGGCUACGCUCCACCUGCCACGGCCUAUCCGCGGCCGCCGGCAAGGCCGGAGCCAUCAUCGGAGCUUUCGGAUUCUUGUACGGAGCUCAGUCCCCCGACCCCAAGAAGACCGAGGCAGGGUACCCGCCGGGGAUCGGAGUGAAGAACUCUCUCAUCGUGCUGGGUUGCAUUAACUUCUUAGGCAUGCUGUGCACACUACUGGUGCCGGAAUCCAAAGGAAAAUCGCUGGAAGAGUUGUCGAAGGAGAACCAUGGAGAAGAAGGAGAUUCAAGAGAGAUAUGAUGUUUAUAUAUAUAGCUUAUAAGAUGAAAUAUAAUAAGCUCUUCUGUAUGUUUUACUGCGUUAAUGUCUAUUGUUAUUGCCUCAAAGUAGCACUAUAGACGUAUUGUAGUAUUGGCCAGAAUUGAGCAGUGUUGAAAGAUGGAAAAGAAGAAAGAUGCCUGGUAAACUUUUCACUUAAUAUGAGUUU